UGACAGCGGCGGCAGCGCGGCGCUCCCCGCCGCCCCCGCCGGUUCCCCGCCGCCGCGCCGCCCCCGCAGCAUGAUCCGCGGCGCCUGGAUGUACCCCCGCGGGGGAGCCGCCGGCGGGGCGGUGUGCUGCGCGCCGCGCCGCAGCGACAAACCGGUGGCCGACCCCGAGCGGGCGCAGAAAUGGCGCCUGUCGUUGGCCUCCCUCCUCUUCUUCACCGUUCUCCUCUCCGACCAUCUGUGGCUCUGCGCCGGGGCCAAGCUGCGGGCGCGGGAGCGGAGCGGCGCCGGGCGGGCGCGGAGCCGCGGGCCGCGGGCCCUGCUGGCGGCCGAGCCGGCGGGCGGCAGCUGCGAGGCCCUGCUCGGUAACCUCAGCCGGGCCCCCGGUCCCACCGGCCCCUGCCCCGCCGCCCGCGGCGACCUGGACUCGGCCUGCGCCCGGCUGCACGCCCUGCAGCGGCCGCGGGGCUCCCCGGCCGGCGCGCCCCUCCGCUCGCCCCCCGCCGCCGCCGCCGCCGCUGCCCCCUUCUUCGCCUCUCCCUCCUCCAAAAGGACCUUCCUGCAGGCUUACUUUAGGAACUUCAACCUCUCCUUUUGUGAUACUUACACGAUCUGGGACCUGCUGCGGGAGAUGGCCGGCCCGGACGGCCUGGACUGCAGCGUGGACAACCUGAUGGUGGACUUGGUGGUGGCGGCGGCCGGGGCGCUGGGCGGCGAGGCCUGUAGCAGCUGCGUCCAGGCGUACCAGCGGCUGGACCAACACGCUCAGGAAAAAUACGAGGAGUUCGACCUCUUGCUGGAGAAGUACUUGCAAUCGGAAGAGUACUCGGUCAGAUCCUGCCUGACGGACUGCAAGGCUGUCUACAAGGCUUGGCUGUGCUCCGAGUAUUUCAACGUGACCCAACAACAGUGCCAACACCGGAUCCCAUGCAAGCAAUACUGCCUGGAGGUGCAGACCAGGUGCCCGUUUGUGUUACCGGACAAUGACGAGCUGAUCUAUGGAGGUUUGCCUGGCUUCAUCUGUACGGGGCUGCUGGAGAACCAGCUGCCUGAUGAGGAGGCCAAGUGCUGCGAGGUGCAAUGGGACUCCUGCGACCACCCCCCAGACAGCAACGACCACACAUCCCCCAAAUCCACAGCAUCAGAGUCACUCCAUUUCCACCGCCACGACCCCCACCUCCAUCACCAGCGGCAGAACCACUACCACCUCUACCACCACCACCACCACCACCAGUACCACCAGCCCCACUCCCCGUCCUUGCUGCCGGUCUCCGCAGGGUCUCGCCUCGGCAGCAGCAGGAUCAGACUCUGCGUGCUGGUCCUGAUGCUUCUCCACACCAUGGUGUCCUUCUCGAGCGUGCACGGCGGCAGCGGGGCGGCCGGCGGAGGGCUCAGCCUGGAGGCCCUGCCCGCCCUGGAGGAGAGUGUGGCACGGGACGAGUGAUGCGAAGGGGAAAGCCGACCUCCAAGAAGAACGCCAGAUCUUUUUCCACUAAGGGGGGGCACAUGCUAUUCCUCCAAUGGGAGGCACGGGAUUGGGGGUGACGCACACACACACACCCCCGCACAUACCCCCAAGAGCUGCUCGCCGCGGGGCAUCCCCGUGAUGAAGAGUCUCUAAUGCGCACAGGGCUGCGGGACUCGGCUUUGAGAAGGGUUCGGUCAGUAGCAGCCGGGCGGCGUGGCGUGCCCGGCCUCGCCGAGGCGCCAGCGCAGGGAGGUAC